AUGAAGUAUACCGCGUCGAAAAUGCAUUUGCUUGCAGUGGAUGCCUUGCUUUGGGUUUUCCACAUGGUCGUCUUGGCGAUCACGAUGGAAGAGGCCCAAUCGCGUGCAGAUCCCACGCGCAUUAAUGGACUCGAUUUCACGCGCGACGAGCUCGACGCUGCGGGCGGACACUUGCGUAUGGAGCGCGACGUGCAUCGAUACUACGACAUUGCGAGGGACGGUGCUGACGAGCAGGAGGGGGAGCAGCUCUUACAUGGCACGGGGUCUACGCGAUCGAGCGCAGAGGACGCAGAAGUGUCCGAGGAGGCGCAGCGUGUUUUGCCGUCCACGACGCAGCCCAUCGCAUUGGUCCGCUGGGAUGCCAUGUGGGACAAUGGCAAAGGGACACCCGCAGCUGCUGCGAGCGAGCACCGCGCAGGAGAUACCCUUUUAUUAUAG